CAGAGGCCACAUCUAGUCCAAGCCCUGCCUGGGGCAGGAUCAGCCCAGACAAACCGUCAGUGUAAGGCUACCCUGGUCUGAGCCUGAGCGCAGGGGCACGACCCUCUAGCUGGGACCCUGCGGGGUUGGUGCCAGCAGCAGCAUUGGCACAGCCCAGUCUGGGGAUCCCCAGCACCUCUUGGGACGCUAAAAAUACCCUGACGUAUGUAGCAGAAAAAAAAAUGAUGGUGGGGAGGGGAAGAGGAAGGGUGGGAGCAACAAGCACAGCCAGGAGCCUGGGAAAUUCCCUUGACAGAGCACAGGCAUCCUGCACCUCCAGCGUCCCUGACCAGAGGCCGCGCACCCUCUCCAUGAGCCCCUCCAGGGUUGGAGAGUCCACAUCGUCCCUGUUGCAGUGAAGAAGAGGAGGACAGCAGUGUGCCAGGGCACAACCCUGGCCGCUCAGGCCGGAGGAGAAGCCUCGCCCUGGGCUCUUGGGCCUCCAAGAAAUAGAAAUCAACAGCAGGCACCGAGAGGCAGAGACCAGGCAGGCAGGAGCCAGCACGAAGCCGGACCAGCCCUGAACGAGGGACCCUCCUGCCCUCCCACCCAGACCCGAGACCCUCAGGCGCUCGGCAGGAUGAGCGAGCUCCGUGCUGCCGUGGAGAGCGUGGGCUUGCCUGUGGACACCUGGCUGCCCGUGCUGGCACAAGAGUGCGGGAUCACCAACAUCAGGGCCCUGCAGCACAGCGGCCGGCGCGAUUACGAGAAGGCGGUGCGGCACAGCGAGCAGGCCUGGGAGACAGUUGCGCUGCAGAAGCUCUUCCGCUUGGAGCCGGAGCAGGAGGAGCUGCGCAAGGCGCUGCAGGCACGAGGGCUGCAGGCUGACAAGUGGCUGCCCAUCCUGGAGGCAAAGCUGGGCGUGAGGUCGGCUGCUGCCCUGAAGCACUUUGGGGCAGAGGAGUACCAAGUGCUCGCCCGUGGCCAGCUCCCGGCAUGGGAGAAGCAGGCGCUGCAGGUGCUGUGCCAGGGGGCAGGCGGCAUACCCAGCCUGCCGCAGGAGCAGCUGCGUGAGGAGCGGCACGGCCUCGCCCAGGGCCAGGCACAGACGGAGCUCAGCGCUGGCCCUGAGCAGGGCAGCGGGGUGUGGGAGUGCCCGGCCUGGGCAACCCCCCAGCUCCUGGAGAGCGUGUCUGGGGGGCUGGUGCUGCAGGGGCUGCUCCUGAGCCAGGACGGGGAGAACCUGCUGCGAGAGACCGAGAGGCUCCUGCAGCCCCCCGAGGGCUGCGCCUUGCGGGGGCCUCUGCUGCCAGAGAGCGAGGAGGUGGAGACCUUCUACUCGGCUGCCCAGGAAAGCCUCUCCAAAGCCCUCAUCAGGAAACUGGGGGUCACCGCAGGCAUCGGAGCCUUUGGGGGGCUCAAGGGGCUGACGUUCGGGGCGGGCAUCCACGGCACCUGGUCCAACCACAACACGUGGGAGACCGAGAGCGCUGGCAGCACCACGUACUGCUGCCUGCGCAGGCAGCACGUGGUGCCCACGGCCUGCUGCGAGCUGAGCCCCGACGAGCUCCAGCUCUCCCCGAAGGCCCUGGCUGCCCUGAGGGAGCUGGAUGCCAACCUGCAGGCCCAGGCUCUGCCGCUGGCCCGCUCCGCGCGCUGCUGGGACUUCCUGGAGCGCUUCGGCUCCCACGUGGCCACAGGCCUCGUGCACUUUGGGGGCAUCUAUUGGGAGAAGGCGGAGGCCAGCGACUUUGCCAGGAGCACAGUGGACCUGGUGAAGAACGAGUUGCUAGCUGCGCUGGGUGCAAGUGCGGGCGCGAACUUCUCCAGCCUUGGCGGUGCUGCUGCAUCUCUGGAUGCCUCCCGGGAGAGGGGCCACGCUGCUGAUGAGCAGCACGAGGCGCGGUACAGCCAGACCCUGACUUCCGUGUCCAAGGUGGGAGGCUCCGCAGAGGCUGCCAGCAUCCAGGCCUGGAAGGCCGGGCUGCUUGCCCGCCACAGCACCUGGCGUGUGAUCGACCGCGGGUCCUGCACUCACCUGGUGCCCGUGUGGCAGCUGGUUCUGAAGAACCACAGCCGGGACAUCAGAGACGCCGAGACCCUGGCCCGGGCUUUGAAGGAGUGCUGGGAGGAGGCCUACAACAUGAAGCGGACGCCUUGGCUGCCUGGCGUGGCCCCCAUGCUCAUCACAGAGCUCCAGGAGCUGGUGAGCAGCAUCGCGGGGGACCUGACACCGGGCAGCCCAGCCAGCACCUGCCUCAGCCUCGUGGUCCGGUGCCUGGGCGUGCGGCAGCAGCUCCGCCAGCAUGUCUGGCUGGACACAGACGCCCUGUGGUACCGCCACUUCCUGUGCAAUGCCCCUGCCCAGGCCCUGCUUGCACAGGCCUCGCAGCGCGCCUGGGAAGAGCACGCCGCACCAGGUGACACCUUGUACCUGCUCACCUUCCUCAGGGACCUGCUGUCCCCCACCUUCCGCAUCCACCCGGACGACUUCCCCGGCAUCUGCCAGGUGCAGCACAACCUGGAUCAGGCGGCGGCAGCCCUGCGAGGUCAGGAGGAGCGCGACCCUUUGGUGGAGGAGUUCUGCAUGUUUGCCCUGAAGCCGGCAGUGGAGGCUGCGGUGCGAGAAUGGCUGGCUAAGCAAGCGAGCCGGAGCAUGGAGGAGGGGGCCCAUGCCCAUUGCAUGCUGUCCUCCGGGCCCCAGGGCCAAGCACAAGCCUUGCCCAGCCCGGAGGGACCUGAGGAAAGCUCUCCCCAGCCGGGACUGGGGGCCUCUGCGGAGUCCAGCCGGCUGGCGGAGGUGCAGCAGAUGGUCCCUGUCGGCCUGGUCAUGAACUUCCUGCCCAGCCUGUUCUACCACAUUAAAAAAGCCACCCGCAGCAUUGCCCUGCGCUGCGCCGGCGGCCAAAUCUCCCAAGCUAUGGAGGAGCUCCGGCUGGCACUGGCAGGCAAGAUCCAGCUCCCCAAGAGCCCUGUUCUGGGAGUGUCCAGAGACCCCGGGGCCUUCCUCAGGGAUGUGUUCCAGUGCCUGCCAGAGCUGGAGGCAGAGCUGAGCAAGGACUGCCAGCAGCUUGGUGCCCGUGCGGAAGGCAUGAGGCAGCUCCCCUGGAGCGAGCCGGAGGCAGAGCGGCCACGGAUCUGCAGCCCAGAGCAGCCAACAAUCGUCUUUCGCAGAGCCAGAAGUCCGUGUCCUAUUGAGUUUCUCCAAGAUGUGCUCAAACAGUUCAAGGUGUUCACCCAGCUAAUCCUCAGGGAUACAAUAGUUAUAGCUCUUGACCUGCAAACUGUGCUGAGAGCUCAGGCUAGAGCCCCAGCACCUCGCCGACGUGACUUGCCCACAGCAUCCUGGUCCUCCGCACUCACCAGCGAGGACUUGGAGGCUGCACUCAGACAGUAACACAGGUUGUGCUGCCUUGCUGGAGAGCCAGGUUCUGCCCCAUGCCAUCCCGGUGUGUGUGGCACUGGUGGCGAGCAAGGCUGGUAAGAAGCUGAGCCCAUGGGGCUGGCGUGUGCCCGGCAUGCCCACUAGCGAUGCAGAGCCCCAGCCGAGUGGGCAGGCACUGGCUGGAGGACAUGCAGGCUGUGGCUUAUUAAUAUGAUGACAGGGACCCAGCGGGUUGGCUCCAGAUAAAGGAGGCAGACCCAGGUCUAGGGCCCAACCUUUAAUUUGCUUGCACUUCAAAAUGCAAAAACUGAUGUUUAUCCCAAAAAUCUCGCUGGCUGCCCAUGACAGCACAGCACAGUUUGGCGUCUCACCUGCCCCGGCUGCAGGGACUCUAGGCGGCAGGAGGGUGGCACGCAGCCUGGCGGCAGGUCUUGAACUGCACGAGUUCUCCAAGUUCCCUCCAAGAGUCUGGGAGGGAGGAGACCUGCCGGGGGUCUUGCCGCACGCCUGAACGACCCAGCUCUGCUCAGUCGAUAGAAUUCAGAACUCAUUUGGACUAAAUUAAAAAAAAAAUCCAGCCUAUACCCCAGAUUUGUAGGUGGCAGAAACUAAUGCUCUGAUAUAUUAUCUGAUUUCUUCGUUUCACUGAAGCUUUGGGCCUGGACUGAGCCAGGUCUCCGGGGGACCUUAGUUUAUGGGCUUCUCUGACAAAUCUGUUAUGUUUGUACAGAUGAUCUAAGCUUCUUAACAAAAAUAUCUCUAGUCUACCAAAAUACCACCUAGUCCAUUUGUUACAUCCAUCGUGACUACUGGUUUAAAAUAAAGCCAUGAUAUAGCACA